AGACGCUACACUACAGCACACUACACGAAACCAUACUACACUACUGACGUGUAGCAGCGGCUCAGUGUGGUGACGUGUCUCUCCGCCGGUCCUUCUUUUGGCUGCACGGUGCCACACACACACUGCUGUGCUGACCAUUCACAGUGGCACCGGGAACACAACGGGGACAGGAUCAAGGACAUCAUGGGGAUCAAAUUUUUGGAAGUAAUCAAGCCGUUCUGCGCGGUUCUGCCUGAGAUCCAGAAACCAGAAAGAAAGAUUCAAUUCAGGGAAAAGGUGCUAUGGACAGCCAUCACCCUCUUCAUAUUUCUUGUGUGCUGCCAGAUCCCACUGUUUGGCAUCAUGUCAUCAGAUUCAGCCGAUCCCUUCUACUGGAUGAGAGUAAUCCUGGCUUCCAACAGAGGUACUCUCAUGGAGCUGGGUAUCUCACCCAUCGUCACCUCGGGCCUGAUCAUGCAGCUGCUGGCUGGAGCUAAGAUCAUAGAGGUGGGGGACACCCCGAAGGACCGGGCCCUCUUCAAUGGAGCUCAGAAACUGUUCGGUAUGAUCAUCACCAUCGGGCAGGCCAUCGUUUAUGUGAUGACUGGCAUGUACGGUGACCCUUCUGAGAUGGGCGCCGGCAUUUGCUUGGUCAUCAUCAUCCAGCUGUUUGUGGCCGGUCUGAUCGUCCUGCUUCUGGAUGAGCUGCUGCAGAAGGGCUAUGGCCUGGGCUCUGGGAUCUCCCUCUUCAUAGCCACCAACAUCUGUGAGACCAUUGUGUGGAAGGCGUUCAGCCCAACCACAGUCAACACUGGCAGAGGCACCGAGUUUGAGGGCGCCAUCAUCGCUCUGUUUCAUCUGCUGGCCACCCGUACUGACAAGGUGCGAGCCUUGAGGGAGGCCUUCUACAGGCAGAACCUGCCCAACCUCAUGAACCUCAUUGCCACAGUCUUCGUGUUUGCUGUAGUCAUAUACUUCCAGGGCUUCAGGGUAGACCUGCCCAUCAAGUCGGCCCGCUACCGUGGUCAGUACAACACCUACCCCAUCAAGCUGUUCUACACCUCCAACAUCCCCAUCAUCCUGCAGUCUGCGCUCGUCUCCAACCUUUACGUCAUCUCCCAGAUGCUCUCCACGCGCUUUAGCGGGAACUUCUUGGUCAACCUUCUUGGAACCUGGUCUGACACGUCGACUGGUGGACCGGCGCGAGCGUACCCAGUAGGAGGUCUUUGCUACUUCCUUUCACCCCCGGAGUCGUUUGGUUCAGUCCUGGACGACCCGGUUCACGCUACCAUCUACAUAGUCUUCAUGCUGGGAUCCUGUGCCUUCUUCUCCAAGACCUGGAUUGAGGUCUCGGGGUCCUCUGCAAAAGAUGUGGCUAAGCAGCUUAAGGAGCAGCAGAUGGUCAUGAGGGGCCACAGAGAGACCUCCAUGGUGCAUGAACUCAACAGGUACAUUCCCACGGCUGCGGCCUUCGGGGGCCUGUGCAUAGGAGGUCUGUCCGUCAUGGCCGACUUCCUGGGGGCCAUCGGCUCCGGCACGGGUAUCCUCUUGGCUGUGACCAUCAUCUAUCAGUACUUUGAGAUCUUCGUCAAGGAACAGAGUGAAAUGGGAAGCAUGGGAGGACUGUUCUUCUAGAAUCACCCAUCGUCCAGACAGACACACAGCAAACUCUUCCUCUAUUUUUUUUGUCAGUUUUUAUUUUGCUUUUAUGAAACACAAUCAUCAACAUCAUCAUCAUAAGAAAAAGUGAUUCAGAAACCGGGAUUCUGCCGCUUUCUUUUCGUCAUCAAGUCUCCUCUCCGUGGUGUCCUUCAUGGGUACAAGGAAGGUCCAACUGGAGAAGAUGGCUGGGUGGCGUUUUUCGUUCGGAGGUCCAGCAUAACGUUGUGUUUAUUCUGUAUCGUUCCCGAUGUUCAUCCGUCAACAGGCUGCCUCGAGUCCCCACGGUCUUCCCAUGCUGAAGAAUACCUAAAGCACAUAUGCGAGAGGUAGUGUCACGGACCGGCCUCAGGGGUGGUUCAUUGCUGCUCGUUAAAUGAACGCUCACGACGGUUAAGUGCCGAGUCACAACGUAAAGCACUGAACUUGGACAUUUUGUGGGAGGAAGAGAACAGAAGCCAUGUCACACUCAUUUCAGGUCAUCAGAAGCCACGCCUGAGAUAUAUUCGAGGAUCGUAAACGCCAAGUAAAGCUACCUGGGAUACCUGGUAGAGCAUACCUGGGAUGGUUUUAUUGGAAUCUCUACGCUGGCUUCUAGCAAUUUAUCUUUUACCUUUUGUAUUUGUAUGUUUUUAAGAAACAAUGGACUAUGUUUAUUAUCAGGCCGAUCUUAAACAGGGGCACACGGCUUGCUGGUUGUCUCUGGGUCCUAAAGGGAUGUUUGUCUGUGUCGUCAUGCUCUUCUAUUUUGACAGAUUCGCCGCACAAUACUGCCCAGACAUGGUUGGCUGAGGGUGGGUUUGGUAAGGAUGAAAGGGGGGUUCAUUAUUGUUUUUACUUUCUCUACAAGACAUAAUUGUUAUUAAAAGAAAAGUUUUUUUCAAACGGU